CGCCCCUCCAGCCUCACCUGUUAUAAGGUGAGUGUACCUGAAAUAGUCACACCUGCUCUCCCUCUCUGGAUAGCUCAGAUCUUCUCUGCACAGCUCAGCCGCACAACAGACACAACCAUGAGCUGCUUCACCUGCAUCAAGGUUCUGAUGAUCCUGUUCAAUCUGGCCAUCUUUUUGGCUGGAGGAACUCUUCUCGGAGUGGGGAUCUGGGUCAGCGUGGACAGCAGCUCUUUCCUGAAGAUAUUUGGUUCGCUGGGAUCUGGAGCGGAUAGUAUUGCCUCCCAGUUUGUCAAUGUUGGGUAUUUCCUGAUCGCCAUCGGAGCUCUGCUGGUCAUCCUGGGAUUCCUCGGCUGCUGCGGCGCCCAGAAGGAGAGCAAGUGCCUGCUGAUUAUGUUCUUCUCCAUCGUACUGAUUAUCUUCAUCGCAGAGAUCGCCGCCGCUGUGGUCGCUCUGGUCUAUUCUUCUGUGGCGGAAAGUUUCCUGAAGUCUGUCCUGACUCCGGUUCUGAAGAAUGAGUACGGGAGCAAACCCGAUGUCACUUCCAGCUGGAAUAAAACGAUGAAUGAGUUUUACUGUUGUGGGCUAACCAACUACACAGACUUCGACAAUUCCUACUAUGUGAGCCAACACAACGGAAGUUACCCACAACAAUGCUGUAAACCCAACAGCGCCACCUGUACACCAUCUGAUGCAGCCAACUUUGCAGCACCGGGUUGUUUCAAUCGGAUUUUGGAUUUGUUGAAGACAAACGCAGCCAUUGUGGGAGGUGUUGCAGCUGGAAUCGCAGCCUUGGAGCUGGCAGCCAUGGUGGUGUCCAUGUACCUGUACUGCAAGAUAGACAAGCACGGCUCCAUCCAGUAGCAGCUGAGGGCAGCCCGGUCUAUGCGUUAUGUAAAUGACAUUUCAAGAUGAGGAUUUGCGCCAAUACAAUAUGACUACGUUGGGCCCGGCGCGGCCUUUUAAUUGCACUUUACAUAAGGCGCUCCAUUAUCCUUACACCGCGGUUCUUUGCUAUGAGAUUGUGUUUUGUUUUUUUAUUAAUUGUUGUCUUUUAACGGAUGGAAUUUCAUCGGAAUCUAAUCUUCAAGGUUUUGAGGUCCGUUUUCGUACACUGAGUGUCUAGAAGAUUUUUUCGGAGCGCCCACGUAUGAUUGUGUUGGCAUGUUUUUCUCUUUUAUAGUUUUUGGUGCCAAAAGACAGAAUGUGAUUAAAUCAGUUUUUUUGUAUUGUGAAUUUAUUUAAUACCUGAUCUAAAAAAACAUUUUUUGUUAGAGGAAUGUAAAGUGGAUGUAAUAAGAAGGAUGUAUAUAAUAAAGCUGGUCUUUUCUCUAUA